UAAGUCUGGGUUUCUGGGAUGAACACUAGGAUGUGUUCUCAAAUGCAGGUUCUGGUGUUGGCUGUGUCCCUUCUUGUGUUAGUGAGUAGGGUCAGAACAGCUCCCAGAACCAACUUACUGGCUCAUAUGCUCCAAAACGAGGCAGACGGCAAGGAGGAUCUUUCCCGCAUACUCCUUCUGAAGCUCCUUUCCGAGCUGGAGAGCCCAGAUGAGAAUGAUACCAUUACUGACGAUAAAGUGGAGCUGAACCGCAUCCUACGCCAUCUUCCCUUAACCCCGCGUGAACGGAAAGCCGGUUGCAGGAACUUCUUCUGGAAGACUUUCACCUCCUGUUAGGUGCACCGUUGUAUGAAAUGGCUGCAUUGGUGGUUUUAUUUUGAAAAGGAUGUAUAUGCUUUAGCUUGUGCUGUCUAUUCAACCCCUAUUGCUUGGUGGAGUCCAAUUUCUGUAUAGCUGGACAUGGAGUAGCUAGCUAUAAAGUGUGUGUUUUUUGUAUUCAAACCAAAUAGUGGCUAAAUCUGACCUGUAAUAAGAGUCAUUUUGUG